GAGGGUGCUGCGCUGGUGUGCAGCGGAUGCCCCGUAUUGGGGGCAGAUGACUGACGGCUUCUGGGAGCGCAGGGCGCAGCAUGACCCGCAGCAGCCCCAGCUUCUCUCAUAGUCGGCCCUGGCUCUCAUGCCAGUGGGACUACAGGUCCAAGCAUGUCCUGUCUACCUGUCCUAGCACGCUGGGGCUCGUAGCCUCCCGGCACCCGUAUGAGCACAGGUUACCCCGGCCCGUGUGGGUGUGAUAAUGGCCCAGGCUGAGCUGUCACUGGAGGAUACAUUGUAUCAGUCACAGUGGAUUCUCUGUCACGGAGCGCGGCGCUCAUUUUCCCGUUUCCGGGUCUCCAGACGCCUGGCCAGCUCUGCCCCGCCGAGUUGUGACGAUGUCCCGCAGUAUAAUGUGGUGGUUGUCGGGGGAGGACAUGCAGGCACCGAGGCUGCAGCUGCGGCAGCACGGACAGGAGCCAAGACCCUGCUCGUUACACACAAGGUGGAAACAAUAGGUCAGAUGUCCUGUAAUCCAUCUUUCGGGGGCAUUGGGAAGGGUCACCUGGUGAGAGAAGUGGACGCACUGGAUGGAGUUUGCGGAAGGAUUUGUGACCUCUCCGGGAUCCACUACAAGGUCUUAAACCGCCGAAAGGGACCAGCAGUGUGGGGUCUGCGGGCCCAGAUUGACAGGACAUUAUACAAGCAGAACAUGCAGAAAGCCAUCCUGGACACACCAGGUCUGACUGUGACAGAGGGCUCUGUGGAAGACUUGAUUCUAGACCCCCCAGAUCCCACGUGUCCUGGAAAGUGUCAAGUCAGUGGAAUCAUACUGGCCGAUGGAAGUAAGGUAUUCGCCAACAGCGUGGUGCUGACGAAUGGCACAUUUCUCCGUGGAAUGGUGCGGAUUGGUACGGAACAUGUCCCCGCCGGGCGCUGGGGGGAGGAGCCUGCAGUCGGUCUCGCACGCACCCUAGAACAUUUGGGUUUCGCUGUUGGGAGGUUAAAGACCGGAACCCCACCACGAGUGUUGAAGGACUCUGUAGACUUCAGUAACCUGCAAAGGCAGGAGGCGGACAGUGAACCCAUACCAUUCAGCUUCAUGAACGAUCGCGUCUGGAUCAAGCCUGAACUACAGCUUCCAUGUCACAUGACUUACACAAGCCCUGAAGUGGAGCAGAUCAUUAGAGAGAACUUACAUCUGAGUAGUCACGUCAAGGAGACGAGCGCAGGGCCAAGAUACUGUCCCUCCAUUGAGUCGAAGAUCUUACGGUUCCCGGGUAGAAGACACCAGGUCUGGCUUGAGCCUGAAGGUCUAGAUUCCAAUGUUAUCUAUCCACAGGGACUAUCGGUGACUCUGCCGGCCGAGGCUCAGGAGAAGCUUCUGAGAGCGAUUCCUGGUCUGGAGAAUGUUCACAUGCUGAGGCCAGGUUAUGGAGUCCAGUACGACUUUAUGGACCCUCGUCAGCUUCGCUCCUCCCUGGAGACCUUUCUAGUCCAGAGACUGUUCCUGGCCGGACAGAUUAAUGGCACCACCGGGUACGAAGAGGCUGCUGCCCAGGGGGUGAUUGCAGGAAUAAACGCCGCGCUCCGGGUUAAAGGUCAGCCGGCUUUCACCAUCAGCCGAACAGAAGGGUACAUUGGCGUUCUAAUCGACGACCUGACCACACAAGGCACGCGGGAGCCUUAUCGCAUGUUCACCAGCCGCGCCGAGUUCCGUAUGUCUUUGCGGCCAGAUAACGCAGAUACGCGGCUCAGUCUGAGAGGGUAUAAAGAAGCAGGCUGCGUGUCUCAGGAGCGUUACGAUCGGGCGCAGACCACCAGAGAGACUCUGGAUGAUGGAAUCUCUGCUCUCCGCUCCAUACAGUUUUCACCCUUCGAGUGGCAGAAACUGAUCCCAGAGGCCCAAAUCAGCACCAGCCGUUCCGGCAUCCUCAGUGCUGAGGACAUGCUGAGGUAUAAUGGGGUGGAACUGGAGACCCUCGCCCGGAUUUCUCCAGACCCUCUGCAGAGAUUCAGUGAAAGGCGGGAUAUAGCGCAACGCUUAAAGACAGAAGUUAUGUAUGAGAUCCACGUCAGUUUCCAGCGGAAGGAAAUGGCUGAAGUUCGGAGAGAUGAGUCUUUGGUGUUGCCAGAAAACCUAGAUUACAUGAACCUGGACGCAAGUUUAUCUAAUGAAGUCCGGGAGAAACUGUCUCAAAGUCGACCUGAGACGAUCGGGGCAGCUUUCCGUAUUCCAGGUGUGACGCCGGCUGCCAUAUUGAAUCUGCUACGAUAUGUCAAGUCUAGCACCCAAGGACCAGAGGCCGCCAGGAGUGGGAGAAAGUUCGGACCUUUAGUUGAAGCAGAGUCUUCCCCGGAAAUCUGCCCUCUGGAGCAGCAGACUGUGUAGGACAAAGACAGAAAACCAUUAUCUGCUUCCAGAUUGUGGAGAGCUCGGGUCCAAUGUUUGGCGUUGGAUUGUGGUUGUGUGAAGGGACUCUUCUGAUUGUGGGGAUUGAAGACCUGUAACAUAUAACAUAUUCUUGUUUCUGGGUCAAAAUAUUUAAAGACGAUGAGGCUUUAUCUGGUAUCAACAAUGUUGGGAGCUUUCCAAGUGGGGGCAGGAAAGAGACUUUAACAGAGAUAAAUGAUAUUUGUGAAUGCAGAGACUGCUGUGCAAUAUAGUCUGUUACUUAUAUUUACUGUAAAGCUGUUUGUGCACGCUUGUUAUUUCACCCGUCUGAAGUGUAUUUGGUAUCAUGAGAGGCGACUGAUGUAAUUGGUGACCCCUACCAAAUACUGUUACAUUCUUCCUGUAAGAUUGCACCGUCGGUGAGUCCUAUAUGUUAUGUUCAGGUGCCGUAAUGCGAACUGACCGUAAGCCUGUACGUACGGGCUGUUGGUUACUGUGUAGCCUGCUGCCAGCACUGAGAAAAUGGAACGCAUUAUUGGGGCUUGCUAUAAGCGUAUUUAUGACGCCGUUGUAAUACAGUAUAUACCUUCAGGCAAGAAAAACAGUUCUGUACUAGGGCCCUCAUUCCGAGUUGUUUUAGCAGCAUUGCACACGCUAGGCCGCCGCCCUGUGGGAGUGUAUCUUAGCUUAGCAGAAUUGCGAACGAAAGAUUAGCAGAACUGCUAAUAAAUAAUUCUUUGCAGUUUCUGAGUAGCUCCAGACCUACUCCUAGAUUGCGAUCACCUCAGUCCGUUUAGUUCCUGGUUUGACGUCACAAACACGCCCUGCCACUCUCACGUUUCUCCAGACACUCCCGCGGUUUUCCCUGACACGCCUGCGUUUUUUAGCACACUCCCGGAAAACGCUCAGUUACCACCCAGAAACACCCCUUUCCUGUCAAUCAUUUACCGAUCAGCAGAGCGACUGAAAAGCGCCGCAGGAUCCACAACAAAUCUACUAAGUUUUUAGUUAAAUACCUAAGCGCAUGCGCCUUGCGUAUGCGCAAUUAGCAACAAAUCGCAGCAUAGCGAAAAUCGGCAACGAACGAACAACUCGGAAUGUCCCCCUGUAAUCUGUGGUGUUCUCAUGUAGGGCAGUUAAACGCUGAUAUCUGGAUCAAGCUGGUCUAUGAAUGUCACAUGCACAUACCAUAGUGCAGCUGUAUAUGUGAUUGUUCCAUUAUGUGCCUAAAGAUUGCUUCAUUUUCCAAAAUAAUAAAAGUACGGUCCUUCUUAUUAGUAUAACCUUAUUCAGGCUUAAAUGAAACAAAAAAAUAAAGAGGUUCCCUGGAUUUUAAA